AUUACAUGAAGAGAUCAGCUUACCAGUUUUCUUCAGAGCAGAGGCUGAGCUCGGAGCGCCGGGUAGUACAGUGAGGGAGAGCCGGGGAAGCCAGCGCGGUGCCUCGCGGAAGCCCAGGGCUGGAGUCCCCAGACGCAAGUGCAUCUGCUAGCUGUUAGCACUUGGCAGCCCCAGCGCUCCUCCAGGGUAGUUCUAACUUUGGUAAUAAUGUUUGUCAGCUACCUGAUAUUAACAUUGCUCCACGUUCAAACAGCAAUGGUAGCAAGACCUGGGGGAGAGAGCAUUGGCUGUGAUGACUACCUAGGCUCCGACAAAGUCGUGGACAAAUGUGGUGUGUGCGGAGGUGACAACACAGGCUGUCAAGUCGUGUCAGGCGUGUUUAAGCAUGCCCUCACCAGCCUGGGCUACCACCGUGUCGUGGAGAUCCCCCAAGGGGCCACCAAAAUCAACAUUACCGAAAUGUACAAGAGCAACAACUAUUUGGCCUUACGAAGCCGUUCCGGCCGCUCCAUCAUCAAUGGGAACUGGGCAAUUGACCGUCCAGGAAAAUAUGAGGGCGGAGGGACCAUGUUCACCUACAAGCGUCCAAAUGAGAUCUCGAGCACCGCUGGAGAGUCCUUUUUGGCCGAAGGUCCCACAAACGAGAUCUUGGAUGUCUAUAUGAUACACCAGCAGCCUAACCCAGGAGUCCAUUAUGAAUACGUUAUCAUGGGAACCAACGCCAUCAGCCCACAGGUGCCACCUCAUAGGAGACCAGGAGAGUCCUUCAACGGCCAGCUGGUCACAGAAAGCAGGAGCCAAGAGGAGGCAGAAGAGAAGGAAGGGACCAAGGAGAAGACCGACUUGCAUGGCGAGGCGCCUGACAUCUUCGCCUCGGAGACAGCACGGACCUUCUCCGUCAGGCAUCCAGACAGGUUUUCUCCCCGUCAGCCAGACAACUUCGUGCCACCAGCACCGCAGCCCCCACGGCGAAGCCGGGAUCAUAACUGGAAGCAGCUUGGGAUGACAGAAUGUUCAACGACCUGCGGGAAAGGGUCCCAGUACCCCAUCUUCCGCUGUGUGCACAGAAACACUCAUGAAGAGGCCCCUGAGAGCUACUGUGACUCCAGCAUGAAGCCAACUCCUGAAGAGGAGCCCUGCAACCUCUUCCCCUGCCCAGCCUUCUGGGACAUCGGGGAGUGGUCUGAGUGCAGCAAGACCUGCGGCCUGGGCAUGCAGCACCGCCAGGUCCUGUGCCGCCAAGUGUAUGCCAACCGCAGCCUGACAGUGCAGCCCUACCGCUGCCAGCACCUGGAAAAGCCUGAGACCACCAGCACCUGCCAGCUGAAGAUCUGCAGCGAGUGGCAGAUCCGGACAGACUGGACCUCGUGCUCGGUGCCCUGUGGCGUGGGACAGAGGACUCGCGACGUGAAGUGCGUGAGCAACCUGGGGGACAUGGUGGAUGAUGACGAAUGCAACAUGAAGCUCCGGCCAAACGACAUUGAGAACUGCGACAUGGGGCCCUGUGCCAAGGGCUGGUUCCUCACUGAGUGGAGUGAAAGGUGCUCGGCAGAGUGUGGGGCCGGAGUGCGGACACGCUCGGUAGUGUGCAUGACCAACCACGUCAGCAGCCUGCCUCUGGAGGGUUGUGGGAACAACCGGCCGGCGGAGGCCACCCCGUGUGACAACGGGCCCUGCACUGGCAAGGUGGAGUGGUUUGCUGGGAGCUGGAGUCAGUGUUCCAUCGAGUGUGGGAGCGGGACACAGCAGAGGGAAGUGAUUUGUGUCCGGAAGAACACAGAUACCUUCGAAGUUCUGGAUCCUUACGAAUGUUCUUUCCUGGAGAAGCCCCCCAGCCAGCAAUCCUGCCACCUCAAACCCUGCGGAGCCAAGUGGUUUAACACAGAGUGGAGCAUGUGCUCCAAGAGCUGCCAGAGUGGUUUUCGGGUCCGAGAAGUACGGUGUCUCGCCGACGACAUGACCCUAAGUAACCUCUGUGACCCUCAGUUGAAACCAGAAGAGAGAGAAUCCUGCAACCCUCAGGACUGUGUCCCUGAAGUGGAUGAAAACUGCAAGGACAAAUACUACAACUGCAACGUGGUGGUCCAGGCACGACUCUGUGUCUACAACUACUACAAGACCGCUUGCUGUGCAUCCUGCACCCGCGUGGCCAAUAGGCAGGCAGGCUUCCUGGGGAGCAGAUAACACCCCUGCACUCCAGCAGCAGGGCCACAUCACCUGCCCUCC